AAAAUUUGUGUGUGUAGUUUUGGCAAAACAUUAGGAGGUGUGUGUUUGUAAACAAACUAUUUGUUUGAUCAAAUGUGUGUUAGUAAGAGAGAAGAGAGGAUGAAUACCGCAGCCUCAGCUGGAUGCAGUGGAACAGCUGCUCCCUGCAUCCCUAUCUCAUUCCACUUGUCAGCCCCCCCCCCCUUUUACUGUCCACCCCUCCCCCCUAUUCUCACUGCAUCUCCCUCCCUUUUUUUCUCUCGCUGUGCACCUCUAGCUUUGGUGGCAGCAGUCUUGAGCAUCCUCGCUGUUGCUAUAAAUAUCUGUGGGCAGUCGUAGUGAAGCAGAAAGCAGCAGGCAGGCCAGAGGGAGGAGCAGAGGACAGGACAGUGCAGGACAGAGUGAAGGAAUCCGAGGCUGAGAGGACAACAGGAUGACAGGCUGUUGAGCCCAAAAAAAGAAGUGUAGAAAUGAGAUGGGAGCUAUAAUGUAAAGUGCAUGCUUUAGUUUUUGUGUAUUUAUGGUUUGUUGGACUUUGCUGGACUUGGAAACCAAAUGCAGGCCUAAACUUCAUCUGGACUAUAUUCACACUGCUACUGGAGCUGUACUGGAUUAAAGCUAGGACUCAGCAGUGGAAACGGGACUUUUCUUCUCACCAGCAAAAAAGCCGGACUUUACAUGUACCGGACACAAACCAAACUCCAUCCAGGUGGCUGGGUAUUGACUUUAGUGCGGACAUGUGGGCCGGCGUGGGUCGGGGCGGGGCUGAGAUGUCAUGCUCCUGUGUUGCUGGUGGUGCCUGAGGUCUGAGGCGGUGGAGCUGGAUAGCAGGAGAGUGGACCACCGUGUGCUGAGCUGUGAGGUCCCCGCCUCCACCACCAUCACAGCUGUGUCCUUUGACCAGUGGGAGCCAGAAACAGCCAACGCUGCACUGCCAGCAUCUGAGAGUGUGAAGAAUUUGAGCUAUAGUCUGCCGUCCUACAACAACAGCUAUGACUACUCAGACCAGAGCAGACAGAGUGAGCGUUCAGGCCUCUGUGGACUGUCUAACCUGGGCAACACCUGUUUCAUGAACUCUGCUGUGCAGUGUUUAAGCAACAUCCCUCCACUGACGGAGUAUUUCCUCAAAGACAAGUACACAGACGAGCUGAAUGAGGACAACCCCCUGGGCAUGAAGGGGGAGAUUGCCAGAUCCUACGCUGAGCUUAUAAAACACCUGUGGUCAGGCAAAUACAGCUACGUGACCCCAAGACCUUUCAAGACCCAGGUGGGCCGCUUUGCCCCACAGUUCUCAGGCUACCAGCAGCAGGACUCCCAUGAGCUUCUGGCCUUCCUUUUGGAUGGUCUACACGAGGACUUGAAUCGCAUCAGGAAGAAGCCCUACAUACAGCUUAAGGACGCAAAUGGACGGCCUGAUAAGGUUGUGGCAGAGGAAGCAUGGGAGAACCACAUCAAGAGGAAUGACUCCAUCAUUGUGGACAUCUUCCAUGGUCUUUUCAAGUCAACUUUGGUGUGUCCCGUGUGCGCUAAGGUUUCAGUGACCUUUGAUCCUUUCUGCUACUUGACGCUGCCACUACCCAUGAAGAAAGAACGGACAUUAGAGGUCUAUCUAGUUAGACUGGACCCUCUGGCUAAACCCACGCAGUACAAGCUGACCGUGCCGAAGGUGGGCUACAUCUCUGACCUGUGUACCUCUCUCUCCAACCUGUCUGGGGUGCCUGCUGAGAAGAUGAUUGUAACUGACAUCUACAACCAUCGUUUCCACCGGAUCUUCGCCACUAAUGAAAACCUCAGCAGCAUCAUGGAGCGAGAUGAUAUUUAUGUUUUUGAAGUGGCGGUGAACAGAGUGGAGGAUGCAGACCAUGUAGUUAUCCCAGUUCAUUUGAGGGAAAAGUACAAACAGUCGGGCUAUAACCACACCAGCACGCCACUGUUUGGACAGCCCUUCCUCAUCGCGGUGCCCAGAACGCUAAGUGAGGACAAGCUCUACAACAUGCUGCUCCUGCGCCUCUGUCGGUUUGUGCGAUCUUCUGUAGAGGAAGAUGAUGAGGACUGUGAAGAGACACAACCAUCCAAACAACACACUGUAAAUGGGAACGCCACUAACGGACUGCUGGAGGAAGGAUCGCCAAGCGAGAUGGAGACGGAUGAGCAGGACGACGAGUCCAGCCAGGAUCAGGAGCUGCUCUCUGAGAACGACAACAGUCAGUCGGAGGAUUCUGUGGGCGGUGACAACGACCUGGAAAAUGGCGUGGUCGGUCCACAAAUCUCCACCAAAGGACAGCAAACAGCAGGACACAACAGAAAGAGACUUUUUACAUUCCAGUUUAAUAACAUGGGCAAAACAGACUUUUCCCUCAUCAAGGAGGACACAAGGCAGAUCCGCUUCGACGAAGGACACCUCAGACUAAGUGACCGUUCUUAUCUCUCUUUGGACUGGGAGCCAGAAAUCAAGAAGAAGUAUUUUGAUGAGACUGUCGUUGAGGACUUUGACAAGCAUGAGAGCAUGGAGUACAAGCCUCAGAAGAAGGCCUUCUUCAAGCUGAAGGACUGCAUUGAACUGUUCACGACGAAGGAGAAACUGGGAGCUGAGGACCCCUGGUACUGUCCAAACUGCAAGCAACACCAACAAGCCACGAAGAAGCUGGACUUGUGGUCUCUGCCACCAGUGCUGGUGGUCCAUCUGAAGCGCUUCUCUUACAGUCGUUACAUGAGGGAUAAACUGGACUCGCUUGUUGACUUCCCACUAAGAGAUCUGGACAUGUCUGAGUUCCUGAUCAACCCCAACGCAGGACCCUGCCGUUAUGACCUCAUCGCUGUGUCCAACCACUAUGGUGGGAUGGGAGGAGGACACUAUACUGCUUAUGCGAAGAACAAAGAUGAUGAAAAAUGGUACAACUUUGAUGAUAGUAGCGUGUCUCCUGCCAGUGAAGAUCAAAUAGUGUCCAAAGCAGGCUAUGUGUUGUUCUAUCAGCGCCAGGACACGGUGAAAGGCACCGGCUAUUUCGCUCUCGAUCGUGAGGAGGAGGAAGAAGACGAAGAAGAAGGAGAGGAGGAGGAGAACAAAGCAGAGGAGCGGCAGGAGAGACAGACGGUCCCGUCCAGUCAGGGGGCCGCUGCCACUGUGCAGAGCGAUGAGGAGGACCUAAACGAGAACAGGCGCGCCAGGAAUGACAACGACCAGGAGGAGGAAGAAGAAGAAGAGGAGGAGGAGGAAGAAGAAGAAGAAGAGGAGGAGGAACAGGAGGAACAGGCGCCCAAUCGGGAUGUUACCAUGAAAACCAACUGAGGUAAACGGUGAAAGGAAUAAAUGGAGAGAGAGAAUAGGAUCUUUCCAUCCAAAGCCAUAUGGACACACAGCAUGGCAGCGGGAAACCGGUCCCACCCAGCGAGUCGGACUCAGCCGUGCGACGGGCGGAGCCGAUGCCGGGAAGGGCGGCUGUUAAGUCAGGGAGUUGCCGGGGUCCGCAACUUAAAAAAAAAAUCAGGGCCCUCCUCUGUGGGUGGAUCACUGUUUGCGCGUGAGUGUGUCGCUACAGUCAUUUGUUUAUAAUUUGCGCAUGUGCUCUCUGAACACUGAACAGCACCUGGGAUCGAUCUCGAGGGUUUGGACAUGCUUCACUGAAGCGCUCUAAUGCUCCCUCUGCUUCUUUUUUUUCUAGCAGUGCAUUGUUGGCAUAUCAUUUUAGUAUUAUUUAGAAUUUGUAAAAAUUUUAAACACUGAAUUAUGUUUUCAUGAUGCGCUGAAACAUUUUGAACUUGCACAAUCAACAACCAUCCACUUUUUUUUUCUCCAUUUUUAAUGCGUUGCCAGACAUACUGCAAUUGUUUAACAACUUUGUUGAUCAGAGGGUUUUCUCUCAUCAGCUUAGGAAAGCUGACUUUCAUAGGUCGGUUGUUAAGACGCGUCUACAAUCUUAACAUAGAGAAGUGAUGCCCAAAGGUGUGGUUUAUAUACCGUGUCAAAAAGCCAAACUAUCCUAGCUUUUACUGCUGCUACUGCUGUAAUCUUGCAUUUUAGACAGAUUAUCAGUGUGCAGGCAUGAGCCUUUGUGAUUUAAGGUUUUGCUGUCUCUGUGAUUAUCUGUUGAAAAUGUAGAUUCCUGAAAACCUAAAAUAAAGCAGGAUUAAGGUGUUAUCCAGCUAACUGGGCAAAGUAACCAAACUUAUUGUUUUUGUGCAUAUUUUUAGCUUCAGAGUUAAAUUAGGAAAGGCCGUUUUAUUUCCACAAGCCAUGUCAUCAUCAGGCCGACGCUGCAGAGAAUAUCUGCUGUAAAGUUAGCUGGCAGACUCGGAUCUUAAGCUGCCAAAUUUCUCUUCAGCUCUCCCUUUUAGUUGUACUUCAUUUGUGGUGUCUAAAGCUUUACCGCAGCUCUGCAACCCAUUUCUGAUUUGUCUUCAUAUUCGAGGCACUGUGAGAUGAGGAACAUCGGUGAUUUCGCUGACAUCAGAUGCAUCGUCUCUUGUUUGAGUCACCUCCGCCUUAACUCCAAAUCUCAGACCAGCCCCUUUUUAUUUCUUUUAUUUUUUUUGCACAUCACUAUCACACCACUUACGAAUGUCCAUUACAUUUGCUUGCUAUCUCACAGUUUCUUUUAACCCACACGAGGGCCAGAAUGUAUGCUGAAUGAACUGAAAUUAGAACACAUGUAUGCGAAUGAUGCCUUUUUGUUGUUUGAUGGUAAUGUGUUCUUCGCCCUGUGGUAUUGGCUGAAUGAAUUCAUGAGCUUUGAAUGGGGGUGGGGGGGAUACUAAACUGAAAACAGUAGGGGUGAGUCUGCCUAAAAGACCAUUUCAGCUUUCAGGACAAUGAUACAGUGAAAAUAUUUUGCGGCAGAUCGUUGCAGGAUAUUCCUCCAUCGAUGUAAAUCAUGAUGAAACUAUUCUCCAUGGUGGAGUGUUACAUUUUCUUUUUCUACUUGUUCGUUUCAUUGUAAACACCAUUAAGCAUACCUGUUGAUGCCUCAGAAUAUUAGAUGUGUACCAUGCCUUUAAGAGCAUCUAUGUGCUUUGACUUCAGUGGGCUUCAUCGGCUCAGUGCUGCCUUGCUUUUAGGCCGAUUCACCCCAACUUGAUUGAGUGAGAUGUGAUUGCUACUAUAGGCUUAUACAAUAUUGUACAGAAGAGUUCACUCUGUGAGUGCACAUUUGAUAAAGUUUAUUUAUUUAUAUGUAAGCAUUUAAUAAUAAACAGACAAUAUAUUUAAAAACCUUGGCAAGGCCUGAAAAGUCAGGAGUCCACACGUACACACUAGAUUACGAAAGCUUGUCAGGGAGGUCUUUUUUUUUAAGGAUUAUUCUGUUUUGGGACUUUUUUUGUAAAAAAUAAAUAAAUAAAUAAAAAAAUCCAGACAUCUUUGCAUGAUGAUGUAAUGGGGGUUUCAAAGUUUGGCUGCACUUGAGUUCACAUGGGUUUACAUUUGAAAUGUGCAUGUGUAUUUAUACACAAUCUUCAAUAAAGCUGUGUAAAGCUG